UGUAGGUUCAUUGGCUGCUUGUUCAUAAUUUAGCACCCUUCUUGUCAGUUUACAGCCACCUAACCUCCAUCUCAUGACACGAGAAUGACAAAUUCGUGACAGUUUGAAGACCUUCACACAAAGGUGGAGGAUACAUAAGCAGUCCUUUUGUAGCCCACGGAGUCCCCUCUGGGGUGUGUUGCAGAAAUGAGUUCGGAUGCUGAAAUGAGUGUGUUUGGGGAGGCUGCCUCAUACCUAAGGAGACCCGAACGAGAGAGAAUCGAAGCCCAAAACAGGCCCUUUGAUGCUAAAACUGCAGUGUUUGUGGUGGAUCCAAAGGAGCUGUUUGUUAAAGGGUCUCUGCAAAGCAAAGACGGCGGCAAAGCGACCGUUAAAACGGAUGCAGGACAGGUUGUAACAGUGAAGGAUGACGAAGUCUUCCCCAUGAACCCGCCCAAGUUUGACAAGAUCGAGGACAUGGCCAUGAUGACCCACCUCAAUGAGGCCUCUGUGCUGUUUAACCUCAAAGAGCGUUACGCAGCGUGGAUGAUUUAUACCUACUCUGGACUGUUCUGCGUCACUGUGAACCCUUACAAGUGGCUCCCAGUGUACAACCAAGAGGUAGUGGUGGCCUACAGGGGUAAAAAGCGCCAGGAGGCUCCCCCACACAUCUUCUCCAUCUCGGACAACGCCUAUCAGUCCAUGCUUACUGAUAGAGAAAACCAGUCCAUCCUAAUCACCGGAGAAUCUGGUGCGGGAAAGACUGUCAACACCAAACGGGUCAUCCAGUACUUUGCGACAAUCGCAGGUUCUGGCGACAGGAAAAAAGAUGCUGCUGCCUCUGGAAAAUUACACGGGAAUCUGGAGGACCAGAUCAUCUCUGCUAAUCCACUGCUGGAAGCCUUUGGAAAUGCCAAAACUGUCAGAAAUGAUAAUUCCUCACGUUUUGGCAAAUUCAUAAGAAUCCACUUUGGAACCACAGGAAAACUGUCUUCUGCUGAUAUUGAAACUUACUUGUUGGAAAAAUCCAGAGUAACCUUUCAGCUGGCUGCAGAGAGGAGCUAUCACAUUUUCUACCAAAUCAUGUCCAACAAGAAGCCUGAGCUGAUAGAGACUCUCCUCAUCACCACCAAUCCCUUCGACUACCCAUUCGUUAGCCAAGGGGAGAUCAGCGUGGCCAGUAUUGAUGACAGUGAGGAGCUGAUGGCCACGGAUAGUGCUAUUGACAUCCUAGGCUUCACUGGAGAGGAGAGGAUUGGCAUCUACAAGCUAACAGGUGCUGUGGUGCAUUAUGGGAAUAUGAAGUUCAAGCAGAAGCAGAGGGAGGAGCAGGCAGAGCCAGAUGGUACAGAGGUGGCUGACAAAGCAGCUUACCUGAUGGGUCUGAACUCUGCAGACCUGCUGAAAGCCCUGUGUUACCCGAGAGUGAAGGUUGGGAAUGAGUAUGUGACCAAAGGGCAGACUGUUCAGCAGGUCUACAAUUCUAUUGGUGCUUUGGCCAAAUCAGUUUAUGAGAAGAUGUUCAUGUGGAUGGUCCUGCGCAUUAAUCAGAUGCUGGACACCAAGCAACCCAGGCAGUUCUUCAUCGGAGUCCUGGACAUUGCUGGGUUUGAAAUCUUUGAUUAUAACAGUCUCGAACAGCUGUGCAUCAAUUUCACCAACGAGAAACUGCAACAGUUUUUCAACCAUCACAUGUUUGUGCUGGAGCAAGAAGAGUAUAAGAAGGAAGGCAUCGAGUGGGAAUUCAUUGACUUUGGGAUGGACCUAGCUGCCUGUAUAGAGCUCAUUGAAAAGCCAAUGGGCAUCUUUUCCAUCCUUGAAGAGGAGUGUAUGUUUCCCAAGGCAUCAGACACCACCUUCAAAAACAAGCUUUAUGACCAACAUCUUGGAAAAUCCAACAACUUCCAGAAGCCCAAGCCUAUCAAAGGCAAGGCUGAGGCUCACUUCUCCCUGGUGCACUAUGCUGGCACUGUGGACUACAGCAUCACAGGCUGGUUGGACAAGAACAAGGACCCGCUGAAUGAGACUGUAGUCCAGCUCUACCAGAAAGCUGGCCUCAAACUCCUGGCUUUCCUAUAUUCUACCUAUUCUUCAUCUGACGAUAAUGCGGGUGGAGGACGUGGCGGAGCUGGUACUGCUAAGAAAGCAGCAAAGAAGAAGGGCUCAUCCUUCCAGACGGUGUCAGCCCUCUUCCGGGAGAAUCUGGGGAAGCUAAUGACAAAUCUCAAGAGCACCCAUCCUCAUUUUGUUAGGUGUCUGAUUCCAAAUGAAACUAAAACUCCAGGGAUUAUGGAACACCAUCUGGUUAUCCAUCAGCUGCGAUGUAAUGGUGUGCUGGAAGGAAUCAGGAUCUGCAGGAAGGGCUUCCCGAGCAGAAUCUUGUACGGGGACUUCAAGCAAAGGUAUAAAAUACUGAAUGCUAGUGUGAUACCUGAGGGACAAUUCAUUGACAACAAGAAAGCUGCAGAGAAGCUCCUCGGGUCAAUUGAUGUGGAUCACACACAGUACAAGUUUGGGCAUACCAAGUUUGACAAGAGUGAGGACACAGCUGGGAAGGCCAAGCUCGCUGAGGUUUCUGUAUCAUGCACCAUUAAGCAGCAUGGAUGA